ACAUGUCAGGCCAUCCUAUUGUUCGCAGACUUACAGAGCAACAGAUGGAGAGUGUUAAGGCGAUGACUAUUGCCGGUUCACAACCAAAAGCAAUUGUAACAACUCUUCGACAGAGUGAUCCAUCAGUACUAGUUACUAAUAGUGAUAUCUAUAAUGCGCGUGCAAGACUUCGACAACAGAAUCUAGCAGGUCGCACUCCUAUACAGGCCUUAGUAGAUGAACUACAAAAUGGCAAUUUCUUAUACGAAUAUGAAUGUGAUGAUACCGGUUCUGUCACCUAUCUCUUUUUUUCGCACAACGAUUCUAUUUCUCUUACCCGCCAAUAUCCCUUUGUACUUCUUAUGAAUUGUACCUAUAAAACUAACAAAUUUAGAAUGCCUUUGUUAAAUGUUAUAGGUGAGAACGAAGAAGAUUAUAAGUGGGCUCUAACACGUGUUUUGCGCUUGUUCGAUGGAGUACAGAUGCUUGGCGUGGUUGUAACUGAUAGAGAUCUUGCUCUCAUGAAUGCUCUUAGUAUAGUAUUUCCUAGUUCAGCAAAUUUACUUUGUGUAUGGCAUAUCAGUAAAAACGUCCUAAAAAACUGUAAGCCGCUAUUCCCGAAAGGAAUGAAUAAUGAGGAAAGUACUGAGUGGCAAGAUUUUCUUUCCAGAUGGAAUGAUAUUGUAGAAUCUGAGACAGAAGAAGAAUUUAAUACAAAGUGGAGAGAUUUUCGCUCUACUUAUGCUAAUAAAUCCACUGCCAUCACCUACCUCGAAAAAACCUGGAUACCAUGGAAAGAAAGGUUUGUAAAAGCAUGGUCAAACACAUUGUUUCACUUGGGAACAACUGUAACUUCCCGAAUUGAGG